GGUCGGCUUCUGUCCCUUUAAAAAUCAGACUUUCAAAGAAAUCGCAGAUUCCUGAAUGGGAAGGCUGUGUGUGGUGGACGUGUGUGAUUGACACUCCUUUGUGUCUGCCUUUCUCUCGCCGCUGGUUAGUGACAGUGCGCUACAGGAGCGGCAGCUGUAGUAGUCGGGACUCGACGCCAGAGGCGAGGUGCGAUUUGUAAACUUCAGGAAUCUCCACAGACUGUAGAAAAAAGUUGUCUUCACUUGAAACGCCUUCUGCUGUGCCUGAAAUCCAGUUUAGGUGUCCUUCACUUCUUACCUUGGACCAUGGAAGAAAACAGUUGGUUGCCGGUUUUGUUCUUGUUAACCGCAGUAAUUGGAGCCGGAAUAUGCGAUAUAGACAUCCAAGACAUGCACGUUCUUGACCUGCUCAUGACCCAAGACCCCAAGGAGAUGGCAGCAGCAGUGGAGAAGGUGUCUGCGGACAUGGAAACUGUCAGUGACAUCUAUGUGGUAUCCUCGUUCCGCCUUCCACCUAAACUGGGUGGAGUGUUGUUUGGUCUUUACUCAAAAAAAGAUAACAGCAAGUUCCUGGAGGUGGCAGUCAUGGGCAAGAUCAACAAAGCUCUAGUGCGCUAUGUGCGAGAGGAUGGGAAACUGCACACCAUCAACAUGCAAAAUGCCAACAUCGCAGAUGGACGAACCCACUCAUUGAUAUUGCGCAUUGGGGGCCUUCGGCGUGACACCCUCUCGAUGGAGAUGUAUGUGGACUGUCGGCAAGUGGACACCAGCCAGGGACACCCAGCACUAGUCAAACUGCCAUUAGAAAUAGAAACAGUGGAUAUCCGGACAGGUCAGAAGGCGUAUGUCAGAAUGCAGGGUGCAAUAGAAACGCUGAAGCUUGUGCUGGGUGGCACUGUGUCCAAAGUUGGUGCUUUAAUUGAAUGUCCAUUUCAAGGGGAUUCAUCUCUCUAUAAUACAGUUAAUGGUGGUUUGAACUCCAUAUUAGGAGAUCACACAAAGGCACUUAUUGGACAGUUGAUUCUUUUCAACCAAAUCCUGGGUGAACUGAGAGAAGACAUCCGAGAACAGGUUAAGGAGAUGGCAUUGAUAAGAAACACCAUUUUGGAAUGUCAAGUGUGUGGUUUCCAUGAGCCCAGAUCCAGAUGUUCCCCAAACCCCUGCUUUAAAGGCGUUUCCUGCAUGGAGACAUACGAAUAUCCAGGCUACCGUUGUGGUCCAUGCCCAGAAGGAAUGUCAGGAAAUGGAACACAUUGCCAGGACAUUGAUGAGUGUCUGCUCGCUCAGCCAUGUUUCCCAGGUGCUCGUUGCGUAAACACUGCAGUUGGCUUCCAAUGUGAAGCUUGUCCACCAGGUUACUGGGGCAAGACUGUAAGUGGAGUGGGUGUGGACUAUGCCAAAUCACACAAACAGGAAUGUGUGGAUAUUGAUGAGUGUAAUGAAAGCAAUAAUGGAGGCUGUGUUCCAAAUUCCGUGUGCAUGAACACAGUGGGUUCUUUUAAAUGUGGACAGUGUAAAGUGGGUUUCAUUGGCAAUCAGACAGUUGGUUGUUUCCCUCGGAAAUCCUGCAACACCUUGACCUUCAACCCCUGCGAUGUCAAUGCACACUGUGCCAUUGAGAGAAAUGGAGAUGUGUCAUGUGCGUGCAAUGUCGGGUGGGCAGGUAAUGGUCAUACAUGUGGUCCAGACACUGACAUUGAUGGCUAUCCAGAUGAUCCUCUUCCCUGUAUUGAUAAUGACAAGCAUUGCAGACAGGACAACUGUCGAUUUACCCCAAAUUCAGGUCAGGAGGAUGCAGAUAAUGAUGGUAUUGGAGACCAGUGUGAUGAGGAUGCAGAUGGUGAUGGAAUCAAAAAUGUUGAGGAUAACUGUCGACUAGUGCCGAACAAAGACCAACAGAAUUCUGACACUGAUUCUUUUGGAGAUGCUUGUGACAACUGCCCCAAUGUCCCAAAUAUCAACCAGCGAGACACUGACAACAAUGGUGAAGGGGAUGCCUGUGACAAUGACAUUGAUGGAGAUGGUAUACCAAAUGUGCUGGACAACUGCCCCAAAGUCCCAAACCCUUUGCAGACAGAUCGUGAUGGUGAUGGAGUGGGCGAUGCUUGUGACAGUUGCCCUGAAAUCAGCAAUCCCACUCAAACUGACAUAGACAAUGAUCUUGUGGGUGAUGUCUGUGAUACAAAUCAAGACAUUGAUGGAGAUGGCCACCAAGACACUAAGGAUAACUGUCCUGAAAUUCCAAACAGCUCCCAACUUGACUCUGACAAUGACGGAAUUGGAGAUGAUUGUGAUGAUGAUGACGACAAUGAUGGUAUUCCAGACUUUGGAGCACCUGGGCCAGACAACUGUCGGCUCAUUCCAAAUCCAAACCAGAAGGAUAGUGAUGGUAAUGGAGUUGGUGAUGUCUGUGAAAAUGAUUUUGACAACGAUACAGUAAUGGAUUUGAAUGAUGUGUGCCCAGAGAGUGCAGAGGUUACAUUGACUGAUUUCCGAGCCUAUCAAACUGUGGUUCUGGAUCCUGAAGGGGAUGCACAGAUUGAUCCUAACUGGGUAGUCCUGAAUCAGGGUAUGGAAAUUGUGCAGACCAUGAAUAGUGACCCAGGACUGGCAGUUGGCUACACGGCAUUCAAUGGUGUAGAUUUUGAAGGCACAUUUCAUGUAAACACCAUGACCGAUGAUGACUACGCUGGGUUCAUCUUUGGCUACCAGGACAGUUCCAGUUUCUAUGUGGUCAUGUGGAAGCAAACAGAACAGGCAUACUGGCAGUCAGUUCCAUUCAGAGCUGUGGCAGAACCUGGCCUACAACUCAAGGCAGUAAAGUCAAAAACAGGUCCUGGGGAGUACCUGCGGAAUGCACUGUGGAACACAGGCAAUACAUUGGAUGAAGUGACACUUCUGUGGAAGGACCCCCGUAAUGUGGGCUGGAAGGACAAAACAUCAUAUCGCUGGCAACUGAGCCAUCGGCCUCAAGUUGGCUACAUCAGAGUGAAACUUUAUGAGGGUCCUGGACUGGUUGCUGAUUCAGGUGUGAUUAUUGACACCACAAUGAGAGGAGGACGGUUAGGUGUUUUCUGCUUUUCUCAAGAAAAUAUUAUCUGGUCCAAUCUACGCUACCGCUGCAAUGACACAAUCCCUGAAGACUUUGAACCAUACAAGAAGCAACUGCAGCUGAACUACAGCCACUGACAGGCAAGACAAAAACCUACAAACUUAAAGAGACUUAAACAAUCAUCUGUUCAAACCUCCUAAAAACCAACAAAGAACACUGGACUGGGUGUGAUUGGACAGCCAGGUUUCAUGUAGCAGGGCAGUCCCAUAAAGAUUAAGAUAUGUGUUUGGAAUACAGCCGAGUACAAAAGCAGAGAGCAAAAGAAGAGUUAAUAUCUUGUUCUUCAACAGCCAUACAAGGUUUUUUUAACUCAAAAAUAUAAAAAUAGUUCUACUGAAUUGGUUAAAGAUCUGUAUUAAUUAAUGCAGUUAAAAUUUGUUCUGUUCUAAAAUUUGUUACAAUACCAUGUGAGCACAAUAUGGAACAAACCAGCUAAUUAAGCAAUUGGAAUAUUUUCUAGAUGCACAAUCAAAGAAUAUGCACAUCGCUUUGGCCCCCCACCAUUUUAAUCUUAUGACAAAUACUCAGGGAAAGAAAAUCCAGAUUACAAACUAUGGUGUAAGUUUUCUCUCUUUGGGUCUUAGAAAAAAAAAAUCAUUCCUUGGGGGCUUGGGUAACUAGAAUAUUUUUUUUUCUUUUUAUCACAACCAUUCUAGUGCAUUUCUCCUUCUGCCUUGCCGUAAACUGGAAAGGCUUACAUACAUGCACCACAUCCUCACCUUCUUUAAACUGGCCUUUCUUAACCAUAGACGGUUAUUAAAGCAAUUAACUUCUUAUUGACUUAUAUUUGAAAGUUCUUCUAGACACCUUCUACAAAAAAGCGCUUAUAAAUUUAACCGAUUAUAAAUAAUAUAGUCAUAGUAUUUCCAUACCCAGCAGCAUAUUUUUAUAAAACACUUCCCCCUACAACCCUAUCUAUGCAAAAAUGGCUCAAAUAAACUAUUUUAUGUUCAACCACAACUUUAAUGAGGCAGAAUGAAUAACCGUAUUUUGAGUCACAAAUAUUUUAUCUAAUUAUAUAUUUAUCUAAUUCCUAGGACUCCCUCUCAAAAGCUGCUACAAGUUCAUUUGUUUAUGUGGAGACAAGCACAUCCUAAGUAUGCACACAGUUGAAAGUCAAUAGAAUAAAAAUGUUAACUUUAACAAAAUUGGUUACCACAUCAUUAUGUCUUUUUUAUGCAUCUAGAACAUUAUUUACUUGUCUUUUUAUGAACUUGUUUUAUUUUACUACACAAUAAAUAGUUCAUAUUUAUAUUGCUUCACUUUAGGUUUGUUAUUCACUAUUAACCAAAAGAAUUUUCUUAAAUAAAAAUGUUUGUGCUUUUAAAAUUUGAUAUCAAUUACUCUCUGCUCCAAAAAGUUUCACAUCAAUUUGCCUAUGUCCUGCAGAUGGACUUUAUAUAUUAAACUGUCUGCCAUUUCUUAUUAUUAUAUUCAAUGUUUUAGCUGUAUCACCCAAAACCACCCAUUCAGCAUUCAUAUUACGUAAGUUUAGGUUGAGUAAAUCACAUUUUUUUAUUCAAAUUCAACGUUUACACAUUAAACUUAUACGUUAUUAUUUCUAUGCACAUUCUAGACAAUACACAAUGAUUUACAGAUUUGUUUUGAAACACCUAUACAAAGUGUUGACAUGGUGUGAAUGAGGGUGCUAUCCAAAUAUGGUGGUAUACCAGCCUGUAUUAGCAUUUGCCCUGCACCUGAUCCUGCUAAAAUAUUCUUUGUCCUUUAAACACAAUGAAAAUUGGAAAAUUAACUAAACAAGGCAUUGAGGUGUUUUAAUAUGUACUCGGCUGAAUAAGUCUACAAAACAUGCUCAUUAUUAAUAUUAUUUAACCAAAAGAAAGGAAGAUUAAGUUACUUUCUUUGUGUCAAAUUGAAAGUAAUCAAUUAAUAAUAAACCUGAAAUCAUGUGAUUUUCAGUCCAACAUCUUGGCCACAAAAUCGGUCCACAAUUAUAAGAGCAGUCAUUGCUCGAAGAUUCUAUUGUAAUAUUAAAUCCAUCAUCUAAACUUGCAUAAUACAAAUAAAGUGUCACUUUUGAAGGAAGAUAUUUUAACAACAUUGGGUAAAAAGCAGGAGUCAGUCUAGGACAUUGUAAGAGCCAAACACAGGACAUACUCACAUGCACACCUACUCUCACUAGGACCAAUUUACCAAUUAACCUAAGGCACACAUUUUUUGUAAUGUAGGGGAGAAAACUACUAGCAGACAAAAGACUGAAAUGCAAACUUAAUAGUGACUGUGCCAGAAUUUAAAUGCAGUCCCAUGACUAUAAAUAUAGUUUAUUUAAUUGUUCUCCUUAUUUCCCCCAAGUGUUUGCCUAAAUUACCACAGAACAUUUAAAACUCCUUCAGUACUGUGUCUCAGUAGAUAAUCCUUGGGUAUCACUGGUUUGACUUUGUGUCGAACGAGCGGUUGCUCACGGAGUCCUGAAUGAGCCACAUUACCUUCAUUGUGAGGGAGUGUCAUUACGGCACUACAGACAUGUGGUGCGAUUCCUCUUGGGUGAUCUGGCUUGCAGGAUCCUUAUUGUUGUGGACCCAAUCCGCUGGACCAGGCCAAGUGGACUUCCAGGUAACACCUGGAUGUGGCAAAUAGAUGGUCAUUUUCAGAGGGUAGGACCGGAUCGCCUGUCUGCUUGGCGGUUGCCAACCGUGAUCCCGAGCUGUUUCUUCAUGUGGUGGGUGUGGCAACAUGCUGUAACAAUGCAAACUGCCCAACCUGACCUGACCUGUAAAUUUAGCUUAACAUAACUAAGUGGCUAAAUUGAUUCCACAAAUUUUAUAAAAAGAAGUCUUGCUAGGACAUUCCAGUUACCUAAAACUUACAAUCGAUUAUGAAUAUCCUACACUACAUGGCACAACCUUUAAAUACAAUCACUGUGGCAAAGUAUGGAUAUUGUAGUUGGAAAACUGGUGGCCUCAUCACUAUUUUAUUGAAUAAACUGGACCCUCUUCUUGUUCACUCAUUAUUUUCUAACAAAACACACAGCAACUUAUUACAAUAACACUCUACUAGUUAUUCUUUAAAGAUAACAGGGAAUUAAUCCUGGACUGCUCAGGGCUAUGCUGUGGGACUAACUAUAACUAGCUACUAUUUUUUGGACCAUGUUUGCAGUUUGUGAUUUUACACAGAGAAGGAAAAAGAAAGUUGUCUUAAGAAUUUUUAGUUAUGCUUAUCAUUAACCUUUUCCUAUUUGCCCCAAAUAACUCGAUUGAACAAAAAAAAUCACUUUGUACCUGCUGCUGGAACCAAAAUUUUAUUUUAAUAAAGCAUUCAAAUAAAGUACGCUAUUAUAUAAAUAUAAUAAUUUAAACAAAGCACUCUGAAUACUUCAGCCGUAAUAUGGUUAGUUUUCAGCGUACAGUAAUACAGUAUACUCACAAAACAAAAAAGAAGAGAAGCCAUUAAAAAACUUGUUUUGAUGUGGCAACCCAGUAUAAAAAACAAUAAACUUGUCACAAGAUAAUUAAUUAGGUAUAGUGUAGAACUCAAUGAAAUACAAUGACUAUGUAUCAUUAUUCUGAACUACUUCCUUUAUUUAAUGCCAUGUUUGGUUAAUGAAGAUUUAAAAAUAAAAAGUUGAAGAAACUUCAAAAUUGAUCAAUGCAACUUCAAACAAAAAUAUCGCAAUGGUUCUAGACUUUCACCUUUAACUGACAUGUUAAAAAAUUCAGCUAUGCCCAUUGCUAUUCCACAUAUUCAACUUCUCAAAUCGAUAAUUUAAUACUGUACCAGAGCUUUUUUGUGUAAAUUGUAUUAUAUAUUCUUCUAAUUACAUAAUAGGUAAAAAAUUCAGAAAAUCCUACAUAAAGUAAUUUACAUAAAAAACUGUUAAAUUGAAGCAGUGGUAAUACAAUAUAAAAUAUUAGAAUUUAAAUAAAUAAAACACACAUUUUGUUAAAGCUGUUUGUCAAGGGUAAUUUAUGAAUUAUAAAAAUAAAGAGAUCGAAAAAAGCAGAUGAAAAGUUUCCACAACAAGCCAAAAUCUUUGAAAUCCACAGAGAUAUUAAUGUCUCCUAUUAAAGUCUCCUUUUUUGCACUCUUGGCCCUUAUUUUUAGGGGUGGUGUUUGAAAAAUAACUCUUUUUCAUCAUUAAGAAAAGGAAAAACUGAGUGUUUACUAGUAGUAUUUAUUCAGCUUCCACCUUGACGCAACCACUAAAAUUUAAUGACAGGAAGGCCUUGAUAACUGAGAAAUUGAAAAUCUCUUUGAUUCAUCUGUAAAAGCACACUUGUAAGAUACAUUAUAAAACACCAAUUAUAAUAAGAUAUUAAUCUACACAGGAUCAUGUUAACUUUUGCUCUGGGAAACAUGCUAACUUUUCUAAGUAUUAUUAAACAGAUUUAUAAAUUUCAAAUAAUAAUGGCCUAGUACACCAGAAGCUCAUUUCUCGUUUUAGAGGAACUUUUCAAUUAAACUAUUUGUUUCUGGUCAGUCAGGCAAACAGUAUAGUGGAUUUCAUAUUCUUCUAUGGCAUAACAAACAUUUGAUUUUGCACACAACUCUUUGUACAAGUGAUCCAACAUAUGCAUUUUAUGCAGAUAAUUCAAAUGUUAGUGCCAAGGAUACAUAAUUACUUUAGAUGUAAAGUAUUGAAAACAAAUCAGACAAUUUUGAAAUUAUAAUGUAUGCUUGAAAACUUAAAAGUACAACAAAGAAAGCAGUUUUAGCUAAGUGGAUCAUGAAAAUACAAACAGAAAUAAACAAGACGAAAGUAAAACAAAAUUAAAUGAUCGAUAAAUUAUGGCUAACCUUUUAAAGAGCAGGAAUGAGCGGACUCCAAGAAAUUGAAUAAAAGCAGUUCCCCAAAGCAAUUAAUUCAAAUUUUUUUCUUGCUGUGUUUAACAAUACUGUUUUUAUAUUUUUAAUGUAGCAUUGUGGCCUUAUGCUUUUCACUAAAUCCAGCAGUUGUUUAUAUUAUGAACCUUCUAUUGCAGAUAAGCCCAUAGUAGCCUGGAGGCCGGGACGAGUGCAAUAUUGAGUGGGUAUUUUACAACAAUGCACUCGUGUCCCAUACCUACAGGCCCCUUGGAAACCAACACUUGUAGCCAGUCAUAGCUUUUGAUUAUGUUUUGCUAUAUAUAAAGAAUAAAACUUUACUUCAUCCACAAGGCAAAAACUAUGAUCCGACGAGGUAUAUUUUAAACCAGUUAAAAACCUGGUGCCAUAUGGGUGAAAACACACUUUUACUCAUACCCAUGUCAAUACUUUAGAAGAGCAAAUUCACACUCAGUUGGACAUCUUUGUAUCAACCUGAAGAACUCUCUUUUUCGAAGGAGACAUGCAGGAGGUAACCAGUGAAUAAGCAUCACGCAAUCCACUUAGUAGGGUGCCUCUUUUCAGUACACUGGUGCAAUAGAUGCAAUUCCCCUAACAGUCAUGAUAACAUGCCUGCCUAACAGUUAUUCUAAAUAACCAUGAGCUAUGCCAGCUAAAUGAGAUGGUCUGAACAGAUUAAGAAAAGAAUGAACUCAACACCAUAUAUUGACCUAAUAACAGGCGGGAAGCUGAAGUUAAAAUAAUUAUCUACAGCAUAAAACCUUUGAAAAUAUUUCCACUUUGUAUAAAUUAAACAAAGAUACAACAUGCUUAACAAAGAAAACAUUUACAAAUUGUUGUGUUAAAUGGUUGAUUUAUAUUUAAGAAAAUAAAUUUGAAAAAGCAAUUCUUAAAAAGUAAUUCAGUAAACAGUUAUUAAAAGAGAAACUGCCAUAUGCAGCUGAAUUACAAGGUACAGAACAGGGAUUUGCCACAGUAUUGCACCUUGUAUUUUAAAAAGUAUUUCUAUUUGAGGCAUCCCAAUCAUAAAUAAUGUUAAAGAAAAAAAGCUUGACAAAUGGAUGCAGAAAUAUGGAUAUAAAACAUAAAUUACUCAUGAUUCAGUGUCAUAUUAAUUAUGGCAACAUUUAAAACAAUAUAUAAAAAGAAAAACCUUUAGAAUGCAGUCUAUGGUUUCAACACAUCUGAGGGAUUCUUGCCAAUAUAAUUACAGUCUGCAAUAAAACAAAUGAUUUAAGUGCCUUUUUAAAGAACUUACAACCCAAAAGUUUUACGAACAUCAUAUUUUGUGAAAAACUCUCACACAAAUUUGUGUUUGCAAUGUGCUUCCACCAGUUUGAUAGCCAUUCAAAGCACAACUGAUAUUUACCAUGUUUUUGGAGAUUGUGUAAUAUUGACAUAAAAUACCUUCCAUAAUUUACUUUCAGUUAAUUCUGAUGUGAUCACAAAUAACUUGAAAACAAAUGGUAAUAACUUUUUGACAUCCACUCAAUCUCACCCAUUAUUGGGCUUUCAAAGAACAUGCAGUAAAUUAAUGAAAGACUAGGCAAUUAACCAAACCAUAAAGCACAACUACAGCAUACAUCACUGUCUUGUUUUAUGGAGGGAGAGGCCCAACAUGUGAGGCUAAGGUGAAAUCCUUGCCAGUGCUCAACAGUGAAGCUUGCACUGAUCUUCCAUUUCGCAGAAUCAGAAUCCAGAUUGAGUUCUGCCCUUUAACUAAAUGAUGGUCAAAUGGUUCAUUAUCGCCAACACCCGUGAAAUGAUUAAUUUCUCACACUUGGCAACAUUCUGACUACAGCCACGAUAAAUUAAAUUUGGCAAACGUUUGCUGCCAUGUCAAAGGCUGAAAUGCUUUAUGCUAUCACUGGCACACAUUUCACAUAUAUAGAAAAUAAAGUUUCGUAAAGCACAAUCGAAAAAUAUACAUCUUCCAAUAAAAGCACGAGUUGAGUCCAAAGGAACACGGCUUGCAGUCCAAGAUGAUGCCGCUCCCAACUUUUGAACCCUCGGAAGUGUUAACCUAGAACUAACCCCCCAGCUCCCCUCCCUCCGUCUCUUCGUUUCUGUGCCUUGUAAAAGUGAACAAACCUGAGCUAAUGAAUAACUUGGUGGCAUUCAACAGUUGCCCAUGCGACUGUCUCAUAGCAACGGACUGUAAUCUUUUUGAAAAGCCUAAUAAGUGCGAUAACACGCGCAGAAACUGAACACGUCUUUUCCUACGUGCUAAAGUAGAUAAAUGUCAACACUUGCUUCGCUUUACGAUGUAUUCCAUACAAAAAAAAAAGCUUACCAUAAAGUUUUCCAACAGUCGCGGCUCCACACCAUUGUCAUCGAGUUAUGUGGUCACACACCCACUGGCGCAUGAGCAUACUGCUUCACAAUGGCAAUACCGAUGGGCUCCCCCAAAUUUUAGACGCGA